AUGUCAGGGCGCGGGGCCCCGGGCCCCGGAUGGGGGCUGCUGCUGGCGCUGCUGGCGCUGGGCGAGCUGCCGCGGGCGCAGGGCGUCGAGGAGAUUCCUGGCGGCGCGCACGGGGAGAGCCAGGGCUUCCAGGUGGUCACCUUCAAAUGGCACCACGUCCAGGACCCGUACAUCAUCGCGCUCUGGAUCCUCGUGGCCAGUUUGGCCAAGAUCGGCUUCCACGUGUCCCACAAGGUCACCAGCGUCGUCCCCGAGAGCGCACUGCUCAUCGUGCUGGGCCUGGUGCUGGGCGGCAUCGUCCUGGCGGCCGACCACAUCGCCUCCUUCUCACUCACGCCCACGGUCUUCUUCUUCUACCUGCUGCCACCCAUCGUGCUGGACGCCGGCUACUUCAUGCCCAACCGCCUCUUCUUCGGCAACCUGGGCACCAUCCUGCUGUACGCCGUCAUCGGCACCGUGUGGAACGCGGCCACCACUGGCCUGUCCCUCUACGGCGUCUUCCGCAGCGGCCUGAUGGGAGACCUGAACAUCGGGCUGCUGGACUUCCUCCUGUUCGGCAGUCUGAUCGCCGCCGUGGACCCAGUGGCUGUCCUGGCCGUGUUUGAGGAGGUGCACGUCAACGAGGUGCUGUUCAUCAUCGUGUUCGGGGAGUCGCUGCUCAACGACGCCGUCACCGUGGUCCUGUACAACGUGUUCGAAUCUUUCGUGACGCUGGGUGGUGACAAGGUGACUGGCGUGGACUGCGCGAAAGGAAUAGUGUCCUUCUUCGUGGUGAGCCUGGGGGGCACGCUGGUGGGGGUCGUCUUCGCCUUCCUGCUCUCGCUGGUGACGCGCUUCACCAAGCACGUGCGCAUCAUCGAGCCCGGCUUCGUGUUCGUCCUCUCCUACCUGUCCUACCUCACGUCAGAGAUGCUGUCCCUGUCGGCCAUCCUGGCCAUCACCUUCUGCGGCAUCUGCUGUCAGAAGUACGUGAAAGCCAACAUCUCGGAGCAGUCCGCCACCACGGUGCGCUACGCCAUGAAGAUGCUGGCCAGCGGGGCCGAGACCAUCAUCUUCAUGUUCCUGGGCAUCUCGGCCGUGGACCCUCUCAUCUGGAAGUGGAACACAGCUUUCGUGCUGCUCACACUGGUCUUCAUCUCUGUGUACCGGGCCAUUGGUGUCGUCCUGCAGACCUGGGUUCUGAACCGGUACCGGAUGGUGCAGCUGGAGAUCAUAGACCAGGUGGUCAUGUCCUACGGCGGCCUCCGCGGGGCCGUGGCUUAUGCCCUGGUGGUCCUUCUGGACGAGAACAAGGUCAAGGAGAAGAACCUGUUCGUCAGCACCACCAUCAUCGUCAUCUUUUUCACUGUCAUCUUCCAGGGCCUGACCAUCAAGCCCCUGGUGCAGUGGCUGAAGGUGAAGAGAAGUGAACAGCGAGACCCCAAGCUCAACGAGAAGCUGCAUGGCCGGGCUUUUGACCACAUCCUCUCAGCCAUCGAGGACAUAUCAGGGCAAAUUGGACACAAUUAUCUCAGAGAUAAGUGGUCCAAUUUUGAUAGGAAGUUCCUCAGCAAAAUCCUUAUGAGAAGGUCAGCCCAGAAAUCACGAGACCGGAUCCUGAAUGUUUUCCACGAGCUCAACCUGAAGGACGCCAUCAGCUACGUGGCUGAGGGAGAGCGCCGCGGGUCCCUGGCCUUCAUCCGCUCCCCCAGCACGGACAACAUGGUCAACGUGGACUUCAGCACCCCGCGCCCCUCGACCGUGGAGGCCUCCAUCUCCUACCUGCUGAGGGAGAACGCCAGCGCGGUGCGCCUGGACAUGCAGUCCCUGGAGCAGAGGCGACAGAGCAUCCGCGACACGGAGGACAUGACCACUCACCACACGCUGCAGCAGUACCUGUACAAGCCCCGGCAGGAGUACAAACAUCUCUACAGUCGACACGAGCUAACUGUGGACGAGGACGAGACGCAGGACAAGGAGAUCUUCCGCCGGACCAUGCGGAGACGCCUGGAGUCCUUCAAGUCGGCCAAGCUGGGCGUCAGCCCGCACAAGAAGGCCUCGAAGCUGCUCAAGAGGGAGCGCGUCCAGAAGCGGAGAAACAGCAGCAUUCCCAACGGGAAACUGCCGAUGGUGAGCCCCCUGCACGAUCUCACCAUCAAGGAGAAAGAUUUGGAACUUUCAGACCCUGAGGAAGCCCCCAGCUAUGAUGCCGAGGAGGUGAGCAGGGGGAUCGAGUUCCUGGCGAACAUCACGCAGGACGCAGCGACAGACUCCCCCUCAGGAAUUGACAACCCCGUGUUCUCCCCGGACGAGGACCCCGGCAUCCUCUCUGCGGUGCCACCCUGGCUGUCUCCUGGGGAGACGGUGGUGCCCUCCCAGAGGGCCCGCGUGCAGAUCCCCCACUCUCCCAGCAACUUCCACCGCCUGGCACCCUUCCGCCUCAGCGGCAAGUCCGUGGACUCCUUCCUGCUGGCCGACGGCCCCGAGGAGCAGCCCCACGCCCCGCCCAACUCCACACCCAUGUAA